AUGAAGUUCUACGUCGAUGAAGUUCUUGUUGUUUUUCCAUAUGAGUACAUCUAUCCGGAGCAGUUAGAUUAUAUAACAGAGUUGAAGCGAGGACUGGAUCAAGGGGGGCAUAUGGUGCUUGAGAUGCCAUCUGGUACCGGAAAAACAAUUUCUUUACUUUCGAUACUAGUAGCUUAUCUUCAUCACCAUUCGCUUGAAAAAAGAAAAGUCAUUUACUGUACAAGAACAGUCGAAGAAAUGACUAAAACAAUGAAUGAGAUGAAAAAGCUUUUAAAACACUGGGAUAUAGAAUGUGAAAGAUUGAAACCUUUGUUAAGUGUUUGUUUAACCGCAAAGAAGAAUCUAUGUGUCAAUUCACAAGUGACUUCUAAAUCUAGUCCAGAUGAUGUGGAUACUGGUUGUCGGAGUAUUACAGCACCUUGGCAAGAAGAGAACCGUUGCUCGUAUUUCGAUACACUAGACCAGUCGUCGAUUGAGCUUCCCCCAGGUGUUUACUCGUUAGAUGAUCUUAAACGUUUCGGUGAGGAGCACCAUGUAUGCCCGUAUUACUUGGCAAGAAAAGCGCUCGUGGCGGCUGAUUUUGUUGUGCACUCUUAUUUGUACAUGGUGGAUCCCAUUGUGUCUGGAGUUGUUCGUGAGUUCUUAAACGAGAAUACCAUUGUUGUGAUGGAUGAGGGACACAACGUGGACGAUGUAUGCAUUGAGGCAAUGUCUAUCAUUUUGACGAAGAGAGAUUCAUUUGAAGCCAAGCAAAAUCUGAAGGACCUUAGCAAAAAUCUUGAUCAUUUAAAAUCCACUAGCCGCCAGCAAUUGCAGGAUGAGUAUGACCGACUGGUAAGUGGUCUGGCGUUGACAGAGAUGGCAAGACCACCCCAAGAGAAUAAUUUUGCGGUACAGGUCUCUCCAAUACCAGCAUCUAUAGCGGAUGAAGCUAUUCCAAGUAGUCUUCGGCUUGCUGAUCACUUUCUUGGAUUUAUGCAGCGUUUGGUAGAUUUUACGCAUCGUAUAGUUACGCGAAUCACGCGAACAUACGUAGCUGAUCCACUAACAUUUCUUACAAAGCUAAAGGAAGAGUGUGUUGUGGAUAUUAAUCAUCUUAAAUACUUGUCGGAACGGUUGAAAGCUCUGCUCACAACACUCCAAAUAACAAACACAAGCAAAUACUAUUCGAUAUCGCUUGUUGCUCAAAUGUACACUACUCUGGCUACAUACUACGCAGAUGAUAGAUACGAAAAGCCUAGUUUUGUUGUUGUGUGCGAGGCGCAUGACCCUACUCGUCCCCAUGUACCUGAUCCUGUUAUUCGAACUGUAUGCGUAGAUGCUUCUUUGGCACUAAGGGAUAUUUUCUCACGGUAUCGAAGUGUAAUUCUCACCUCUGGAACUCUCUCCCCGCUAGAUAUAUACCCCAAGAUACUUGGAUUUACUCCGGUUAUCAGUAAAUCCUUUCAGAUGACCCUGAGUCGCAAGUGCAUCGCCCCAGUUAUCGUCACGAGAAGUUCUGAAAGUAUUAGUAUCACCGCAGAAGAGCUUACCAGCAGCUUUAAGGUACGUAGUACUCCCGAGGCUCAGGCCUUGGUGAUAUCCGCAUAUGCGAAUCUUCUUAUGGAAUUGACUAAAACAGUCCCUGACGGUAUUGUUUGCUUCUUUACAGGGUACCAGUACAUGAGCGAGGUGCUUCUUGCAUGGCACAGCAAUGGGUUUCUGCAGGAGUUAGCCAAAUAUAAGCUGUUGUUUGUCGAGACGCAAGGAGUUGAGGAAACUUCGAUUGCCCUGGCAAACUACCGUCGUGCAUGUGAUAUCGGACGUGGUGCCAUCUUUAUGUCGAUUGCGCGAGGAAAGAUUGCGGAGGGGAUUGACUUUGAUCGCCACUACGGCCGCGCUGUAGUCAUGUUUGGCGUUCCUUUUUUGCCACCAAAUGACGAACCCCUUCGGCAGCGGAUGCAUUGGAUGGAGAUAUGCCUUGGGAUACCCGAAAGCGAAUUUCGAAAUUUUGAUGCGAUGCGACAGGCAUCGCAGUGCAUCGGUCGUGUUUUGCGCAACAAGGUUGAUUACGGCAUGAUGUUUUUUGUUGACCGCCGCUUUGCGUUGAAUGAUAAACGGCGUAAAAUUCCAAAUUGGAUUCAACAAUGUCUAAAGGACAAUACUAAUCUAAGUGUUGCAGCGGCAGUUUCCGUGGCUCGUAACUUUUUCAAAGAAAUGGCUCAACCAUGGGAGUAUGAACGUGAUCUUGGAACCACUUUGCUUUCCAAGGCUGUCUUGGAUCAGAUGGGUAGAAUGCGGGCUUCUAAAUCACCCUGUACAACGGUUAGCAACAAUGUUGCUUCAGCUAUCCAGGAGGUAUCUUCAAGACGUGAAAGUGGUGCGAUCACUGCAGCAAGAGAACCAAACAGCCAUAAGCGAGAACGAGAAGUGGAAUGA